AUGGCAGACCCCGAAGUUACCACCGAACCAGCUCCAAGUGAGAGCGCACCAUCACCAUUACCACCACCACCGCAAGAAGAUGAGGGGAAAUCGCCGACCUCAAACCCACCGCGGGGAUCCUCACCACCACCACAACCAAAACCACAAUCAGCUUCCUCCCUCCUUCAAGCUCGUCGUCAGCUGCUGGCAGCCCUUCGAGCAACAGACACCACCAUCGAGCGACUCGACAAACUCACCACCACAGCAGCCGGCACCGAACGCGUCCUCGCCGUAACAGGCUACCUCUCGCACGCCCUGCACCACCUCCUCGCCUCGGCGCCCUGGCUCGCCUUCCAAACCCGUCUAAGCCUCCUCGCGCGUCUCCGUCGUCAGCAGCGCCAUCUCACCCAAAAAUCCCCCUCCAAACCUACCCCCUCCGCCCCAUCGCCGCCACCACCCACCACCUCACCAAGCACACCAAACAAGCCCCCCCUCCUCGCCCUCUCCUCCCUCAUGUCCGAAACCCGAUACACCCUGCGCCUCCUCGGCCUCCUCCCCCUCUGGACCUGGGGCGCCGCAACCCUGCGCUCCCCGCCGCAAGACCGCACGCUGUACAUUCUCACCCUCCUCCAAGUUCUGGUCAAUGUGAUCUACCAGCUCCUCGAGAACGGAAGCUACCUCGCCGCGAAGGGGAUCCUCAGCCGCCGGUUCAUCGACCGGUGGGGCGGCAUCGUGCAGUGGGAUCUGUGGAGCACGCGCGCGUGGUUCGGGCACAUCUUCCUGCAGUUCUUUGUGCUGGCGCGGGAGAGGAGUCUGCGGUUGCGGCGGAAACGACAAAAUCAGGAAGGGCGGAAGGAGGGGUCAGCGGAAGCAGACGCCGGGGAGAUCCGCGCGUGGAGGAAGAGUCUCGUGAAUAAUGUGUGCUGGGCGCCGUUGUGCUUGCAUUGGUGCUUUGAGGAGGGGAUCGGGUUCCCGGAGCAGUUGACCGGCUUGGUGAGUUUUAUGGCCGGGGCGUGGGAGGUUUGGGAUUCGUGGGGGCGGACUACUACUUAGUAGGUCUGGGGUUUUGGGUUGGGUGAGGUUGAGGUUGAGGUAUUUGGGUUUCGUAGAAUUCUGGAUGGUCGGUUAGACUCUCUAGAUUCGAUUACCUCAGGCUACUUUUCUUUGCUCGCUUUGCUAUGGCUUGGCUUAGACGAUAGAGAUUCUUGGAUAAGCGUAUUCAUUGGGUUUGUCAUGCUAGAUGCCUGAAUACAGGAUAGGAUCCAAG